UGCAGUUUCGAAUCAACAGGCGUUUAAGUUCUGUUCAAUUCGCAACAAUCAGUUGAAAAAUGCAACACGGACCUUUGAAAUCGUGACCGCUUCCGUACUGGCGAUUGUUGAUCGUUUUCGUGAGUUUUACUUCGAUUGAGUUUAUUCAGAUCCAAUGAAAUUAUGUCCACACCAAAUCAGAUAGGCCUGCUCUACAUACUAUCCAUGUCGGUACUUCCUCUACGGUCAGCCUUUCCCCCAAGCUUGAGGUACCCGUUACAGGUGGCCGUUAACAAAAUCACCGACGUACGAUUCACAUGCGAUUCCCGCAAUUUCAACGUAACGCUAACGAUGCAGUCCCCUUUCAAGGGUUUAGUUUUUGCAAAGGACUUCGCUCAGGAAUGCAAGACAAUAGGAAGUUCUUCAAACACAGUAACGAUAAGCCUUCCGGCUUCUGGAUGUGGGGUAAGGUUAAGUUCCGUUCCUGGUGAAACCGAAAACGUUCAGAUGUUUUAUACAGUCCACUUGGUUAUCCAGCAAGACAAAUUCCUAAGACUAAUAUCCGACCAAGAAAAAAAUGUCCGCUGUUAUCUCAAAGAUGAAGAUUUCCUGGUGAAAAGUAGAGCCUUAGUGAAGACGUUGAAAAGUGAAUUGAGGGGAGGACAGAUAAGCCAUAGGGUCGGAAGAAUGAGAGAUGCUGGAUGGUCUAAAGAGUUGGAGGGAAGACAGUUAGAGGAAGAACUGAACGAAGCUCUGUCAGCAGCUAGAGCUUGGAUGGAGAUUGUUUCUGAUCAGGCUGAAGAUAGAUCUUCGGAAACUCUACAGGUUGGAGAGACAGCGACGCUCACUGUUAAAUCAACGUUACCUGCUGGUAUCGGUUGGAGAGUAGUUGAUUGUCUCGCCCAUGAUGGCCUGGGAGAUUCCUCUCAAAAGCUUCUCGACGAGCAAGGGUGUCCCAUUGACGAACUUCUGAUGCCAGAACUAACAUACGGGCCUAUCAGACCAAUAGCUCUGAUGAGACACCAGGAAGCCGUUUCCAGAUUUCCAGCUUUCAAAUUUCCAGACAGAGACAGGCUUCAUUUGUCUUGUGGGCUUCAGUUAUGUAAAGGACCAUGCAAGAAGGUGAGUUUCUAG